AUGAUCCUCCGGCAAAUCAUCUUGCACCCCAGUGGAGAAGAAGGAGAGACCUACAAAAGGUGCUGGCUCUCUCAGGAAGGGGUGAGUGCUGAUAGCUCAGUCAGUACAGCACGAGACUCUGAAUCUCAGGGUCGUGGGUUCGAGCCCCACGUUGGACGAAAGAUUCCUGCAUUGCAGGGGGCUGGACUAGAUGACCCUCGGGGUCCCUCCCAACUCUGCCGCCCGAGGCUUCCCCCGCCCUGCCCACCUGCACCGCCGCAGCUGCUGCCAUGGAGACGGUGGCGCGGGGCAUCUCGCGAGACUCGCCGCCCCCAGGUUUGUGAGUGAGUGUGUGUGUGUGUAGGGGGGGGGAGAUGCGCGCGUUCUCGCGAGAGCGUCGUGUCCACGGGCCUGCCUGCUCGCUGCUUCCGGCUGGCAAGCGGGGCUGGGAGUGCAGAGUCAGCUGGGCAGCAGGAGGCGGAGGCGCGCGCAGGAGCAGGAGCAGGUGGGCGCCCGGGCCCCGUUCGCCGGGCGGGCCGGGAGGAGGGGAGCCGAGGGCCGGCGGGAAGCGGGCGGCGGAGCCCUCACUGCAGCCGUGGGCGACAGAAGCUCCCGCGGAGGCCGGCUGGGGGCGCGAAGGGCAGCGCCGGGGGCCAUUGCGGCAGCGGGAAUAGCCUCUUGCGGGGGGGGGCGCGCGUUGGCCAGGAAAGGGGGGGUCUCCGGGAGGCGCUUCUCACCCCCCCCGCUUUUGCCCGGUUGGAGGGAAGGCCAGGGACUGCAAAGUUAGAUGGCGCGCGGGGGUGGUGUUGUUUUUCUGAGGGGGUGUUGCAAUAUUUCAACGGGGUGCGGGGGUUCGAGGGGGGGAGUGCCGGGUAGCAUGCAGCCCGAGAGGCGCCGCGGGAGCGCGCGCGUUGCGAUGUGGGGGUGUCUGGCCGGCUCCUUGCGCUGCGGCGGGCGGGGGUGGGGGCAGCAGGCGGUUCAGGGCUGGGGGUGCCGGGGAGAGCCGCGGGCUGCGUGCGUGCGUGCGCUUGCCAGGCAGCGCGCGCGUGGGUGGGUGGGUGGCUGGCACUCGAGUGGGUGGCCGCGGCGGCGAGGACAGGCGUCGUGCCUUCUCUCCUGAGCGCCGGAGAGGAAGACUUCGGAACGGGGGCUUGCCACGGAGCGAGGCCGAGCGCCCUCGUGGGCUCGCCCCCCAAGUGACACCUGGCCCGGGGCAUCCUGCUGGUCGGGCCUGCGAGGCCACCUGGGCCUUGAGAAGCUGCUGUGGGAGAUGCACUUACUGUUUCUCGGCUGAAGGGGGCGCCAGUAGCCCCCGGCAGAAGCAGGAUUCUGGGAUGUGUCAGCGCCUUCCCACGCACAAAGCUUCCUGGUUAAAUCAAGGGACAAGACACCUGGAUAUUUUUUAUUUAUUUAUUUUGGAAAAGAAGCAGAUCACAGUCGGUUGGGCCAAGGCUGUGUUUGGUCAAAGCCUGAAACAGAUCAUCCGGUCUCAUGGCAAGGGCAAUAGCAAGGCAAAUUGUGGGGGUCAGUUUGUUGACUCCGUGGAUGUGGCUUCCGACUGAGCUGUCUAGCAAUGAUGAAUGCUGCCAUAUGUGGCUCGGUUUAUGUGACGGGCAGUGCCUGGCACGUGUGCUCUCUUUACCCCCUCCCUCUGUUUUGCCUUUCAUUAUUGUGACGCAGGAGAAAGGAUCCCUUAUAGGUCUCUGCUGACACUGGUAUGCUGAUCCCACCCUGCCCCCAACGCUAGCUCUCAAUCAGGAUACUGUUCCCCAUCUAACAUGAGGCCUGCUUCACUCACCAAAUGUAGCUUUCCUUAUAGGGACGCUGGAAUUUAGGUGAUUUCUGGGCAGCGGCAGCAGCAAUAAGCCAUUUACCCAGGUUAGAAGGCAUUGCAUUCUUCCCCAAACAUAGCCACAUCAUCUGAUGUUGAAGCACUUCCCUUUUGCUGAACUGCAUACCUCCACCUACUAAGGCAUGCUGGGAGUUGUAGUCCCUAGUCUUAAACUAGCAGCAUUCUGGCAUAGAUACGCUUGCUUCUACUCAUCCGUUUUGUUACACGAUAGCAACUUAACCUCAUGUACUUGGUGAAGAAAAGAGGUGUGAGUGCCUUGAUCCCAUCCCAUGUUAUUCAACUUCAGAAAUUUUGGGGACACUUGAUAGUUUUUAUCCCCCUCCUCAGCCUUUGCCUGAUGAUAUAGAGCCUGCCUUACUUCCACACUUGGCCCUCUUCCACUACUUGUAAGAAUCAUGGUAGGGCUUGGGAAACAAAUUUCAUACUCAAAUGCUGUUGUCUCAAGUAGCCUGCAUUCCUUAAAGGUUCAUAAAACAAAAGCCUUUUCAUACAGAGUCAUAAAGCCUUAUUUGUCUUGUUACCUAUGGCCACAGUUGUCUUUAGUUUCUAGUUUGGCAACGGGGGGCUGGGGCUGGACCAGUUGCAUUGAGUCACCUUGCUCAAGCCGUCUCCUUUCUAAACUGUAGGGGCCUGAUCUUCAUUGGGGAAAAACUGAGAAAUUUCUGGAGGAAAGUAACACAACUGUAGGGGCACUAGAUAUGAUCAGGAAUAAUCUGAUCAGAAUCUGGGGUGCUCAUGCUUAUCUGAAUUUUCUAGAAGUUCAGGUGGUGUUCGGAUAAUGCGAUUCUUCUGCGUAGAGGAAAUAAUUGUUCGUAACAUGCUUGUUCAACAAUAUAGGGGGUUGAGGAUGUGUAGCAUUUCUGUUUUCUUGAUUUUUUCAGCUGGAAAACUUCACGAGGCUCAAAAUUAGUUGGUUUUGAAUUUUGUAUGGCCUUGUGCUUAAGCUUCUGGUUUUAAACACCACCCCCUGUUUACAAAUAAAAUGGAGCCCUUGGUUUGUUGGGGUUGCUUAGGGAUAGAUGACAAUUGCAACUUCGAAACUGCCCGGUUUGCCUGUUAUAGUAUCCAUUUAUUGUGUGACAAAUUUUAUUAAAUGAUACUUUUCUUUUAAGACAUGGGGGAACCCCAUCAUACAUUGCUGUUUGUAUGUUUGUGGGAUUCGUCGAAUUGGUUAUAAGUUGUGAGCUUCUUCAGGGGUAGAAAUGGAUGGUGCUCAUUGAAAAGGUAAGAGAAGAUUAUGGUCACAUCCACACUAUACAUUUAAAGCACACUCAAUGCACAUUUAAAGCACAUGACUCCCCCCCUGGCAAAAAAGAAUCCUGGGAACUGUUGUUUGUUAAGGGUGCUGGGAAUUGUAGCUUUGUGAGGGGCUUUGGUAAACUUUGGUUCCCAGGAUUCUUUUUGGGAAACUGUGCGCUUUGAAUGUAUGGUCUGGUUGUGAGCAGAGUGGGUCUUUGUUUAGCCUGCAUGAAGGAUCUUCAGGCGGGAAUAAUUUUGCAUUACCAUCAAAGGGAGGGCUUUUGAAGAGCCAUUUGCCUCCUGGUAAGCAAGCAUUGCCUCCAGAAGACCAGCCGGGUCUUGAUGAAGAGAAAAAGAAUUGGCAUAAUAUCCUUUCAGCCAGUUGCAGUGUCACAAAUGAAAAACAAAAUUUUGUGGGUGGGCUGUGUUGUAGUCAGUUAUUAACUUUUGUGAUAUUCAUUUGUAGGGCUGGCUUAAGUUGCAGAAGGUGUGGCUUUCAGUUCAGCAAAGCCUUCCUCCUGCUUGAAAGAAGAUUCCAUUCGAAAGAGGUUUCCAAUGGAGUCUUAGAUCCACGCAUCAAAUUACCCUGCGUUUGUGAAUAACCUACAGGCAGAUUCAAUACCACAGGAAGAACUUCACUAUAUUCUCCACACUUCCUGUGGAGUCUGUGUUUCUUGCAGGGGGUAAUGAAAUUGUAGCCCUCCAAAUUUACAUACUCUAACAUUUGGCUGCUGAAUGUGUGGCCAGGUGUUCUAUGCCUGCGUGUGUGAGCCCAGCCUUAAAGGAAGGUGCAAAACUCAUCAUAUUGCUUCAGGCUUAUCUCUUCUUGUAGGACUUGCUAGUCCAGUCUUCUCCAGCUUGGUGCCCUCCAGCUCCCAUCAACCCUGACCAUUGGCCACGCUCGCUAGCGAUGAUGGUAGGAGUUGGGAGUCUAACAACAUCUGACAGGCUCCAGUUUUGGGGAGACUGGAAAUCCAUGAUGGGCAAGUCUCAAGAGCAUUGUUCUGGUCGUUGUUACUGGGAGCUGCCAUUCCUCCAACUAAUAGCCUUUCUCCAUUGUCACAGGACUUGUCCUUUGACACCGACUGGACAGAAGAAGCCAAGUCCUGCACUGUUGAACCUGCCGCCAUGGGGAACAUAUUUGGAAACCUGCUCAAGAGCCUGAUUGGCAAGAAGGAAAUGCGCAUCCUCAUGGUGGGUCUGGACGCUGCUGGGAAGACCACCAUCCUCUACAAGCUCAAGCUGGGAGAGAUCGUCACCACCAUCCCUACUAUCGGUACAGUCUCUUGCCUACUACCAGUACAGUAUGGGGAACUGCUUCCCGCCCCCUUCCUUUUCCAAGGGUUGAAUUGCAGCCAGGUCAUUGGAUGUAACUUCAGGACAGCAGUAUCAGCAAGCACCUUGCUCCCCCUUGGGACCCAUUGCAUCCCGUCUUCCUUACUGCCCCUGGGAUUCAGUCCCAGUUCUACGAAAGCGGUGUGUGAGUGUGCUGAGGGGUGUCUGCUAAGUUAAAGCAAUUUCUCUGUCAUUUGUACUAGUCCGUUCCCUCCCUGACGGAGCACACAGCAGGCUUAAUUAGGGUGACUCACAGAACUAGGAGCCGCUAGAUCCAGAGGAGAACUCGUAAACAUGCACAUGGCACACAGAACCCUGCCUGCCAUGCCAGCAAUUUGCCCAAAUUUGAUUGAUUAUUGCUGUUCCAAGCUUCCAUCUCCAGCUUUGGAAAGGCACCUUACUGGGGCAGGGUCUCCCUAGCAGUUGAGGUUCUUGUUCCUGGUUAGGAACAAGAAUCUUGCCAGCUCACUCAGUUCCUGGGGUAGUAUUGAGUGGGCUGGCAGGCUUUAAGCAGAGAUGGCUGUUGCUUCUGCACUUCUCAAAAGCACAUUUAUCUCGAAGCCCAUUGGAGCCGCGGGAACUUAAGAAGAGCCCAGAUAGACCAAGGGUCUCUCUGGUCCACCAGUGGCUGGCCAGCCUAAUGUCUGGCCAGAGCAUGAGGAGGAGAACAACCUUCCCUCAGCGGCUGGUUUCCAGAGGUACCUUCCUCCUCAAAUGUAGAAAUUCCAUUUCAGCUAUGAAUUAUGCCUCUGAUAUGUUACUGUAAUCUCGGGAUCACAACAGGACUGGCUGGUUUGGUCUUUCCUCAAACCAAAACAAAAAAACAAAAAACAAAACCAUGGCUGGUUUUAUGGAUUUGAAAGGGAAGUUUGGAAACAUUUAUAGCAUUGUUGUUAAUGGCUCAGAAACAAGGAAAAUUGGGGUGGGGGCCCCUCUGUGAGGCCGUUACGAGUGCAAUUGGUUAUGCGCUGUUGCUGCGCAACCUCCAUUCAUCAGCGGUGCCUGUGCUGUGGAAGGAAACAGAUUGUGGAGCACUAGCGCUCCCUGGAUUGCACCAUCUGAUUUUUAUUCAGCUAUGUUGGAAAGGGUGACUCAUUAUUCAGAAUAUUUUAAAGAGUUAGUCACAUUGGAGCCUAUGGGUUAAAUUCAACAACAAUGGCUCUUGUUUGCACUAAAGAACUUCCCCUUCCUCUUGUCCCCUGUGUGCGCCCCCCCCCCCACAGAUACCUGCCCCCACUCUGCUCCAGAGGAGCUUUUUGGAAGGACAUACGGACCCCAGGACAGAUUUUGGGAUUAUGUGGGGGGCACACAGAGAGAGGAGUGGGAGGACAUGUUCCGUGGCACAAGCAGUAGUUCUGUGUGUUCAGUGACUUCCCUAGAUACAACCCUGUGGUUUCUUGAACCCACUGUUGGACUGUAGCUAAGGUUCUACAUGGAAACAAGUCAGUUUGGUCAACAAGUGCUUAAUCUUCUUCAUGGUAACCUGCUCACUGGUGAACGCAUCUUACUGGUGAAGCUUGAAGAGCAAACUAAGAUCCCUUUUUGAUUUAAUUUUGCCAAAUUAUUUGUUGAGAACAAAUCUUGCCUCAUAAAGUGGUUUUAUUAUUACUAAAUUCGUAUACCGUCCUCCAUCCGUAGAUCGCAGGGCAGUUCCCAAAGUACAAUUAAAACAUUUAGAAUAUCCCUCUCUGGCAUUACCAAUGCAUAAAAUGAGAACCAAAAAAUAGUUGAACCAUGCAGCAGCAUAUAGCCUCAGUUUAUGGCAACCUCUAAUGGCCAUACUUGUUGCCUUUCUGUUGUCAAGCAAAGCACCUGCCAACUGAAGUCUGAACUAGAACUGGAAGCAAGACAGGCUUGCCUGCCAAUUCUGGGGCCUAUGCAAAAUCAUGCUAAUACUUGGUGUGUUGUCUUUAAAUGUGGAAUGCUUGGUUGUCUCUAGCUCAGAGGGAGGGCUGAGUCCCCUGUCGUGCUAAACUUGGUUCUUAACCUGCUGCUCUUCUUCAGGGUUCAACGUGGAGACGGUGGAGUACAAGAACAUCAGCUUCACCGUGUGGGAUGUUGGUGGCCAGGACAAGAUACGGCCCUUGUGGCGGCACUACUUCCAAAACACCCAAGGUAUGGGAUUUACCAAGCUCCUCUCUCCCCAUCACCUUCCAGGUUGGCAUGGCUCUGGGCUUGUUUUCACCCUUGGGGUGUCUUGGGCACAGCAACCCCCAGACUCAGUUAAACCCCUCAUUUGUUGUCUUGAGGUAACUUGGCCAGAGUGCUUUAUUGCUCUCAUCCCAGGAUGUUUAAACAGGAGCUGGUGCCUCUCUCACUGAGGUGUGGAUCUCACAAUUCCAAAGAGAAACAAAGUGACUUGCAAGCAAAGGGCCAUCAGGACUGCAUGGCUGAGAACUUCCCUUGGGAGGGAGUGGCAUGUCCUUCCUUGGAGGUCUUUCAGCAGAGGUUGGAUGGCCAUCUGUCCUGCAUGCUUUAGUUGAGAUUGGGGUCCCUUGCCACUUGCAAUUGUUUAUUUUGAGCUCUAUUGAAUUCUGGGAGCUGUAGUUUGUUGAGGGUGCCUGAGAGUUGUUAGGGGAUCCCUAUUCCCGUCCUAAAGCUGCAGUUUCCAGAGAUCAUAGAAUUGUAGAGUUGGAAGGGACCCCGAGGGUCAUCUAGUUCAACCCCCUGCAAUGCGGGAAUCCUGCCCCAAGCAGUCUCUGAGUGGACCCAAACCACCAACCUUCGGGUUAACAGCUAGACACAAUUCACAUGGGGCUCUAGUACUUUUUAGGGUCUCCUAAGAACUCUCAGCAUCCUUAACAAAUUACAGCUCCCAGAAUUCAAAGUGCUUUUCAAAGUGCUAACAUAGUGCUUUGAAUGUACAGUGUGAAUGUGGCCUGGGGUGGAGCGGGGCAGCAUGACACCGGAUGAAUUUCAGCCCUGCAGUGCUGGCAUUGUAGGAUGAUUCUGGGACCAUACAAUCAAGAUUCUGUAGCUAUCAGGCAGCCUCUGUUUCCCUGAGCUUCAGCAUCUUGCAUGGGAGGCCUUCCUGAAGGGGUGGUGGGGUUAAUUGGCCUUCGUUUAACAUGUGCUUCUUGUUUUUAGUCAGACAAUGCCCCUGGACAAUUGAGAGAUCUGUUUAAAACUUGGAGUGCUCAUUCAGGACAUGAAUUCUAUCUUUCAAAUUUGAAAACAAGCCCUUCCUUCCCAUUUCUUUGUGUGUAUGUGUUGGUAGGGCAGGGCAGGGAGUAAAAAACAACAACAAAAAACCAUAGAGAAAAGGCCUCGCAGAGUUGCUGAUAAGGCUGUGUGGUUGCAAAGGCCACUCAAAGCCUGAGAUUUUUCUAAGAGACUUCACUUCUCCUUGAGAGGAAGGGCUGUGAGUUUCCAUUGGGUAACAUUUUUCUCCCAUCUUCUCUUGAAAAAAAUGGGGUUGAGGACUGGCUUGCAUCCUUUCCAGAUAGUUAGAUCUUUUGAGCAGCUGGCCUGCCCUUUGCAGUCUCCAGAGUUCCUCACAUGUUAAUUUUUUAUUAUUAUUAUUUAUUAAAUUUGUAUACCUCCCUGUAUCCACUGGUCUCACAUUCUUUAAUCCCAUUUCCACUCCACAUCCUCAUACUUUGCUUGCAAGAUGUCUGUCUGUCUCUCUCAUAUACCUUGUGUCCCUUCAUCCUCAGCCUUUCUUGCUUUCAGGUCUGAUCUUUGUGGUGGACAGCAAUGAUCGGGAGCGGGUGAACGAAGCACGUGAGGAGCUGAUGCGGAUGCUGGCAGAGGAUGAACUGCGAGAUGCUGUUCUCCUUGUCUUUGCUAACAAACAGGUUGGUCCAGAGUGAGAGGUGGGGUGCUCCAGAGCAUCGGAGAUUGGUGGGGAGUCAGUUAAGCCACUUUGAUGGGCUGAUCUGAUCUAGGUCUCUGUGCCUGCCUGCCUCUGGUAAGCAAACAUGCCUCUAGCACUGCAAUUUGACGAGGAAUGCACGGUAACAUAUUGGCCUGCUGGCAGACUGCGUUUGACUGUCUUGGGAGUGCAGUAACAAAGUGCUACUGACCCAUGCUCUAGGGCAGAGGCAGGCAGAAGCAAGAUUUACUGGUAAAUAUCUUUGCAUGAGAUUGGCAAGAGUUUCUGACUCUCAGUGUUUUUAACAAUAUCACUAACAAAAUUGUCCAUCUCGUUGUCCCCUGCCCGCCCACUCCCCGCCUCGCUGCUGAAAUGAAACUAUCCAGGUGUUUGUAUGAAAGAACUGUGGACUCGUUUCAUCUCUUGUGUUGAAAGCAAAUUCCUCUGUUCUUUAAUUAUAACUGUGCGUCUCUUGUACCUGACUCAUGGUAGUAGAUCUUCAAGUUCUAGUUUAAAAAAUGAAGGAGAUUUGACAUGACUGAAGUCUGCCCACUCCACCUUUGGGACAGAGGUGCAAAACCUGUGACUGCAGAUGUUUGUUGGACUACUAACUCCUAUUAUUCCUGGCUGUUAUUCUCUCAGGCUGGCUGGAACUAAUGGGAGUUCAGAGUCUCAAAAAUAGUUGGAGGGACACCGGUUCCCCAUCCCUUCUCUAGUGAAAUUUGGAGCCUUUGGCUGAAAACCCAGCCAUGAACCAGUAUAAUCUCAAGAAAGACUCUGCAGAACAUGCUGGCUUCUCUUUAGGUGGCUAAGAUUUCCCCGUGGGCCAUUGGGACAAACGGACACCUGCAUCCUACAUGGUGUGGAUCAGCACUGAAGCCUACAAACUCUGGGGUGUGGAAAGGUGUAUACUGCCAGAAUAAGAAACUUUGGUUGUAGGAUUCCAUGCAGCACCUCAGAACAGCUGUUCAGAAGGAAAGCGCAGUUGCUGCUUUUGCCCAUGUGCAUUCUGUGCAGAUGAGGGGCUCUUGUUGGGUGCAGGACUGAGCAAAACAAAUCAUGUGCUUUUGUGGCUGCAAAAAUAAGUGUGUGGAUAAUUCAAGGCUGCGUGUGCACUGUGAUUCUGUGGGAGUGCACGUAAGAUAGUGGUAUGGGUUUUGAAUCCUGUUUCCUAAGAACCCCAGCUCCUGGAUUUUUGUGUGUCCAGAGCGAAUUUCUAGCCCUUUGGAUUGCAGUAAUGGACUAGGACGUGUGUGGGCCCGGCCUGGUUACAUCAAAGAGUCCAAAGGAUUCAAAGAGUCCAAAGGAUUCAAAGAGUCCAAACUUGCUUGUAAAUGUCCUUAAAACACUCUUCAAAAGUCUGGGAGAGUAAAAUGGGAUGUAAAAGAUAACUAGGCAAGACUCUGUGGGGUAAGAGUUCCAGGGGUGGGGAACUACAAGUACAGUGGUGCCUCGCAAGACGAAAUUAAUCCGCGAGUCUCUUCGUCUUGCGGUUUUUUCGUCUUGCGAAGCACAGCUAUUAGCGGCUUAGCGGCUAUUAACGGCUUUGCGGCUUAGUGCCUAUUAACGGCUUAGCAGCUUUAAGAAAAAGGAAACAAACUCGCAAGAACUCGCAAGACGUUUCGUCUUGCGAAGCAAGCCCAUAGGGAAAUUCGUCUUGCGGAACGACUCAAAAAACGGAAAACUCUUUCGUCUUGCGCGUUUUUCGUCUUGCGAGGCAUUCGUCUUGCGAGGCACCACUGUAGUAAGAUAUUCCCACUGGUCACCAACCUGCCUCAUGUGGAGGAGGCCGUUGGCAGAUGGCAGCAGAGGUUUUUUACAGGAGCAGGCAGGGGUGGCAUCUGUUUCAAUUUUGACUACCUUGGUAGCCAGUUUACUAACUUACGUACAUACUUGUUAGUGCAGAGCAGUCAGAACCUGUGGGCAACACUUGGUGAACUCUGAAAAGUGGGUGGGUGGGGAGGGCUUCAUCGCCAGGCAGGCAUUUUAAGCUCUUCCUGUAUGGAGUCUGGCUACUGUGGGAAGAGCUAGCAGCGAUCUUAGGAGGCUUGAAAAAGGAAGGAAGGAAGGAAGGAAGGAAGGGGCAGCUAGAUGGUGCCUCUAGCAAAAAUGAACACUACUUACCAGGGCUGUAAUAUCUGGAAAUGCUCACGCCACCUCAGCGCCACUGGGUCAGUUGCCACUGACUCAAACCCACAUUGGGUCCUAAAUUGAUUUUUGAGGAUGCCUCUUUGAGGCUGGCUUCCUCUUUCUCCUCUCCCCACCUUUCUUCUUGGGUAGUUGAACUCUCUGGUCUUUUUCUGCCUCCUCUUCUCCAUCCAGGACCUCCCCAACGCCAUGAACGCGGCAGAAAUCACGGACAAGCUGGGACUGCAUUCGCUGCGCCAUCGCAAUUGGUACAUCCAGGCCACUUGUGCCACCAGCGGAGACGGCCUCUACGAGGGCUUGGAUUGGCUGGCCAACCAGCUGAAGAACAAGAAAUGAGUGCAGGGGUGGUGGUGGGGCUAAGCCCCCUCACUUGUUGGUUCCAUUAUGGGUUGAUUCCCCCCUUCCCCAACCCCCUUCUCCCCUUCCCCAACUUCCUUUCCCCUAUUGGGUUUGCUUUUCCUUGCCGGCACCGGUUGCUGUGGGGGUUGGGGUGGGUAGGGGGGGUUGGGGUGAACUUUUGGUUUCUCUCUCUCUCUCUCUUUUUCUCAUAUUCUGGCUCUGCCAGGAUUUUUUGCACGGUCUCUGUGUGUGCGCGUGUGUGUGUGUGAUAAAUAUAUAUAUAGAGAUAAUAAAAUAUAUGGGUGUGGUGGGAGGGUUGGGGCAAGUGGGGGGUUCGGGUGCCGAUUCUGUGGCCUUUCUUUUUCUCUCUCUCUUUCGUUUCCCUUUCUAUUUUGUUGGUCAGUUUUGUAUUUUCUUGGUGGUCUGUGAAGCUUGGUUCUCUCUCUUUCUCUCUCUCUCUCUUUUUUUGACCGGAGGUGACCAAUACUCAGUGGCAGCUGCUGCUUUCUUGCUUUUGUGUGCUGCGCUUUGGGUUGCAGCGAAGGGACCUAGGUGGUGAAGCCGGGGACUUAAAAAGGAUGUGUGUGUGUGUAUAUAUAUAUAUAUCUGCAAUAUGUGCGGGGGGGGGGGAAGGGAACAGAGACCAAUUAGUGCAAGGAGGGGGCAUUCUAGGAAAUGGGUCUGCAGGUGAUCAAAGGCCCCUUUCUCCUUUCUCCUUCUCUUCCCAGAUUGGGGCAAUGUUCUGGAGGGAGAGCAGUGCUACUACUUCAUUCUGUCCCCCACCCCCCAAUUGUAUUCUUUCUGUCCCUGUAUAUAUUUUUUUUGUUGGGCAGUGACCCCUGCUGGCAACAAUUGAGAUUGCAGCAAUACUGAACGCCCUCCUUGCUCUUCCUUCCCCGAAUCCGUCGCCCUGUUAACAGCAUCCUCAUGAGUGGCCCGGGACGGUUAGGUUUUUUUUAAUGCUGCUGAUGGACUUGAAUCAUUUGCACUCCAACUUCUUAGACCAAAUGGCACUGGAGCCCUUGAUAAUACACCUCUCCUGAGCCCCAUCAAUUCCUUACUGUUUUGCUCCCUUCCCGGAAAACAGACCAGGGCUUGAUGGUGAUUGGUGCAGGCUGCCGCAGUAAAUUUGGGACCAAUGCUAUCGUAAAGCUGCCCAUGCAGAUGCUAACUGCACAUUUUUUCCUGGUUUGGCCUGCUCUUUCCAGCCAAGGGGAGCAUGUGCAUGUGCAAGGGUGCCUCCUGCCCCGGCCCUUGGCAGCUUCAAAAGGUUGGCUCUUUAGUAAUGUUGCUGCUUACUCCAUGGAUGUCUCCCAGUUGGACAGAACAUUCCAUCCUUCCUCCGAAACACUCCUUCUGUUGCAAGAUUCCUUUUCCAUGAUGGGGGAAGUUGGAAGAGUUGUAUUUCCCCCCCCCCUUUUUAAUUUUAGGGGAUAAUGAUUGUAUUAGGGUUAAACCCAGGUCACUGCAUGCAACUUUCUGGUCACUCCCUGCCUCUGGACAGUGUUGGUACUGUGUGUUCCCUUCCCCCAUCCUGGCAAAUAUGUAUUUAUUCCUCUUUUUCUCUUCUCCCUACCCAGCUUCAGCCCCCUUUGCUUGGUGUAAAGUGGUUUCCUCCUCUCCCCACCCCCUUCUGAUUUGUUCAUUCUCUGGGCCAUGGCUCCCUAUAUGUGAUUUUCUCGCCCCCUCUCUGAACAGUUGGAUGCACCACGACCUCUGUGCACUCCCAUUGGAUAUUAAACUUGUUUUAUG